CAGGGCUUGCACACGGAACGCCGCUGCUGUUUUGUAUUGUUAAUUAUUCUUUUUGUUGCACUAUUUUCAUCUUUUGCACGAGCCUGUGCGUACUCCAGACAGCGGUGGCAACACACAUCACAACAUAGAAUAGUCUAGCGUGCAUCUUGCUGCAUGCUGUAUCAUUAUCACCCACAUCAUGAAUCCCUGCGCUGUGCCCACACCCGUUGCCGAUGUUGACGGCGACAAGCGCUGGCAGAGCAUACAUCGCCGCUUCAUCUCGGAUUGCCGUGAAAAGGAUCCAGAUGUGAUAUUCUUAGGCGAUUGCAUAUUUGAGACGUUGCAGGAUACCGAGACGUGGAAUCAAUAUUUUGCACCACUCCACUGCCUUAACUUUAGCAUACGCGACGAUUGCACAGAGCAUGUGCUGUGGCGCAUCGAAAAUGGAGCGCUAGACAACGUUAAUCCUAAAAUUGUAGUGUUGCAUGUGGGGACUAACAAUGUGAAUAACAGCGCCGCUGAAGUGACCGAGGGAGUGCUGGCGUGUGUGAAGAAAAUUCGCGAAAAAUUGCCCGGGGCCUACAUUCUAAUACCAUCACUGCUACCUCGCGGGCAGCAGCCAAAUGCGUUGCGUGAUAAAAACGCUAAGGUCAAUGAAUUCAUCAGGGAGCAGACCAAAGGCAUGGACCGCGUACAGACCGUUACCAUUGACAAGGGUCUAGUGCAAGGGGACGGCAGUAUCAGUCAUCAUGAUAUGUUCGACUACAAAAAUCUAACUAACACAGGCGCCAAGAAAAUUUUGGAACCAUUGCAUGACUUGCUCUCCCAAAUUCUCAAUGAAAAUGAAUUGGAACGCGAUCUCACGCCAUCCGAAUAGAAUGGUUAAAGUCCACUCAAUUAAACAACCCAACUACAAAGAUUGAAUUAACAAGUAUUCUACCAAUGCAUUUCUAAAAAAAAAAAAAUAACGAAAGCUUGAUGUGCAGCGCAUAGAGAUGGAUUUCCAAAUGAAAAACGCAAGUUUCCUUAAUCAAUUGUCAUAUUUAUACCGCAUGUACUUCAGUGUAAUUCCGCUCUAUAUUGAUACUUAAGCUAAAAAGUCGUACAUUUCGAGAUUGUUCUUAUGUAUUAGCUUCACGGUAGCAAUCAAAAGAUGAACAUUCCCCUCUGCUCUUCAAUAGUUAUAAACUUAAAAUUAAACUCAUAAGCAUACCUAUUGUAAUAAUAACAUAUAUACACUGAAAAUUUUUAAAGCGUAAAUCUGUGUGUGUUUAUGUUAAGUUAUGACACAAGAACAGAAGAAGUGAGAUCGCAGAACUGAUCACGUCUGCAACAACACACAACACAUUGGCAUUAAUGCUAGAUAGCAAAACGUGAUGUACAUAUUGUUGUGAGCUCUUUUAAAGCAAUUUCGUUGCCUAAAUUUAGCUGCGACUCAUUAAUAAACUCCAAAUCCGGCGAA